AUGAAGAAAGCCAAAGAACUGAUCAAAGGCUUUAAAUAUUAUAUUGUUACUCGGAUCCCUCGGACAGAGAAUGCCAAAGCCGACCUAUUAGCAAAACUCGCCUCCACCGAUGAAGACGAUAUACCCAGGUCUGUUCCGGUCGAGUACGUCGCUAAGCCAAGUAUCGAUGAACCAGUUAGCUCGAUCGUACAAAUGAUCGACUCGGAACCUUCUUGGAUUGAUCCGAUCGUCCGAUAUCUCAAUAAGGGUGAGUUACCUGAAGACCGCGCCGAGGCCCGACGAUUAAAGAUCCGAGCCUCCCGUUAUACCAUACUCAACAGGACGUUAUACAAGAAAGGUUAUUAUACUCCACUGCUACGAUGUCUAAACCCCAGCAAAGCGGACUAUGUACUACGGAAAAUCUACGAAGGGAUCUGCGAAAACUAUUCAGGAGGACAGUCACUCGCACAUAAGUUUGGAAUACCCCAAACCAUUGUUACCGACAAUGGAAAGCAGUUCGACAAUAAUAGCUUUCGUGAAAUGUGUGGCAACCUCGGGAUCAGAAACGUGUACUCAUCGCACCACCAUCCUCAGACGAACGAGCAGGUUGAGGCAAUCAACAAGAUCAUCAAACACCACCUCCGGACCAAGUUCGACCGACCCAAGCGAGCGUGGAUUGAAGAACUCCUGAAAAUAUUGUGGGCAUAUCGACCUACGGCACAAACUGCUACGGGCGAAACUCCUUUCUCCCUUACUUAUGGCUCGGAAGCCGUCACUCCGGUCGAGAUCGGGUUGCCUUCAGCCCAAGUCAGUUUUUUUAACGAAGAAGAUAAUGAACAACUCCUAGCACUCGGACUCGAUCUUGUGGACGAAUAA